AUGGCCGACAUCAUGGAGCUUGACAAUUCCUAUGUUGAAAAGACGGAUGACAAUUCCUAUGUUGAAAAGACGGAUGAAGUCGUCAUGCCAAACCCGAGCGAUGAUGAGAAAAACGAACCCUGGUGCCUUGAAUGCUCCUUCAAGGCUGGCGAGCCCAGGCGAACCCCCUGCAACCACCCCCCGGAUGAGGCAACACGCACGUUCGAAUCUACAAGCGAGGACGACAGGAAGCGAAUAUGCCGCCGAAUUUCUACACUCGCGAGCCAGAUGGAUUAUCUUUUCGACCAAAUACUUGGGCAAACGCCACCGGACUUCCCCGUCACUAGAGAAAUCAAGUAUCAACAACAACUUUUGCAUAUUAAGUUACUUGCUGUCCUUCUGUACACCAAUCAAAUCGGUGGUCAGGAUGACAGGGAUUCGCUCGGUUUAUGGGUGAGACUCGACACCGAACUCGACGCUGAGCCAGACUACCAGAGGCUCGUUCCUCAUGAUGUCGUUACCGAGGCCAUCUCUAGUCACAGCACAGAGGCAUGA